AUGGCAAACGAACUUUCAGAAAUCAAUAGAGAACCACCUGUUGGAAUUAGUGCAGGACCUGUUGAUGAUAAUAACUUACUCAGUUGGGCAGAUGUAUCAAUUUGUGUUGAUUUAUUAAAAACUGAUGUCUGGAAGCCAUCAACAAAGAUUACGCAAGUUCUUAGAUCUAUUGCUAGUCUUCUUGAACAUCCUAAUCCUGAUGAUGCUUUAGUGGCAUCUAUUGUUGAAACUUAUAACACAAAUAAGACAAAAUUUGACAAAACUGUUAAAGAUUUUGUGAAAAAGUAUGCAUCAUAA